AUGCUCUUGAGCAAGAAAGCAAGCCCGGGUGCAAAACAAGAUCAAAAGCGUGGCUUAGGUCAAGAAAGGCCCCAGAACAAUACAUUAUUCCCCAAAGCGAUCCCAGGUCGAGGGAUGAGCGGAAUCUGCCCUCCUUCGUCGAUACCCGGCCUAAAGACCGGCGGUGGCCUGUGCUCACAACUCGGAGGUGGCGCACCUUCGCCGACCUCCUCGGAUGAGAGCAAUUCGCCCACUGAACUGAACUCUUGCCGAAGGCUGGUCGACAAGCCAGUGCUCGUCAAAAGGCUGGCCAUGGGGCUUGGAACCACCCCCAACGAAGAGGAGGCGCCACUCGUUAUAAACAAACACCCGUCUUAUAUAAUUAACACUACCAAAAACAUAGACAUCGACAACAACAGAGUUUCAGAAAGCCCUGAAUGUAAACGAAACAGUGGGAGCACAACAUCGACACCUCCACCACCUCCUCCCGAAAGGACAGAUUCGCUUAAUAACCGGCCGGAGGAGGGUGAACUAAAAACAGCACCUUGGUUCCAAGCUGGAAUCCCUAGGGAAAUCACACUGGAAGUCCUCGGUCAGGAGCCCGUCGGCUCGUUCAUGGUUAGGGAGAGUACAAGUAAACCCGGAUGUUUCGCUCUCAGCCUGCGAGUUCCACUUGAAUUCCAGCCUUUGGGAAUAGCUCAUUACCUCAUAAUCAGAACAAACAAAGGAUAUAAAAUAAAGGGUUUCACAAAGGAGUUUCCAAGUCUCACUGCGUUGAUUACCCACCAUUCGGUCAUGCCGGAGCUGCUGCCAUGUCCACUGUCACUCUCCAGGUACAACCCUAGUUUCAACAAGUCGGAUUCUAACCAGGACUUUGCCGACAUUGACACCGAUCCUGAUUACAACACGCUUGCUGAUUUCAGGCGGAUGAUGGCUGAUUUAAAUGUAUAG